UUUCCACACCCUUCGUGGAGAAUCCAAACUACUUGCUUUUCUUAUUGCCAACAGCUACUGUGGGUUUUAGUCAAAACGCCACCGAGCUCCUUCGAUUUGAAAGAGAUCCUUUCGCACAGCUGGGAGGGUAACCGGUCGCGUCCUGUCGCUCCUCCUCGCCACUUGCGCUCACGGCUGCUUCUCAGCGCCGAGGAGGACGCCAGAUUUUUUUCAGCAUUUCUAUCCAUGAUGGCGGAGGACAGCGAAUCUGCAGCCAGCCAGCAGAGUCUGGAGCUCGACGAUCAGGAUACUUGCGGCAUUGACGGCGAUAACGAGGAGGAAAAUGAGCACAUGCAAGGGAGUCCAGGGGGAGACCUGGGGGCAAAAAAGAAGAAGAAGAAGCAGAAGAGGAAGAAGGAAAAGCCCAGUUCUGGAGGAACUAAGUCAGACUCUGCCUCUGACUCUCAGGAAAUAAAGAACCCUGCUAUCCCAAUGCAAAAACUACAGGACAUUCAGAGAGCCAUGGAGCUGCUGUCGGCCUGCCAGGGGCCAGCCAAGAGCAUCGACGAGGCCACCAAGCACAAGUACCAGUUCUGGGACACUCAGCCCGUCCCGAAGCUAAAUGAAGUUGUCACAACCCACGGCCCCAUUGAGCCAGACAAGGAAAACAUUCGCCAGGAGCCAUACUCUCUGCCACAGGGCUUUAUGUGGGACACCUUGGACCUCAGCAAUGCUGAAGUGCUGAAGGAAUUGUAUACGCUGCUAAAUGAAAAUUAUGUAGAAGAUGAUGACAACAUGUUCAGAUUCGAUUACUCACCCAAUUUUCUAAAAUGGGCGCUGCGUCCUCCUGGCUGGUUACCGCAGUGGCAUUGUGGUGUGCGAGUCUCUUCAAACAAGAAAUUAGUGGGUUUUAUCAGUGCCAUUCCUGCUAAUAUUCGCAUCUAUGACACUGUGAAGAAGAUGGUGGAGAUCAAUUUCCUGUGUGUUCACAAGAAGCUGCGAUCGAAGCGCGUGGCCCCCGUGCUGAUCCGGGAGAUUACUCGGAGAGUGAACCUGGAGGGGAUAUUCCAAGCGGUGUACACCGCAGGAGUCGUGCUUCCUAAGCCAGUCUCCACCUGCAGGUAUUGGCAUCGAUCUCUAAACCCAAGGAAACUAGUAGAAGUCAAGUUCUCCCAUUUGAGCAGAAAUAUGACAUUGCAGAGAACCAUGAAGCUCUACAGGUUACCAGACGCUACCAAAACUGCUGGUUUACGAGCGAUGGAGAAGAAAGAUGUUAAACAAGUCCAACAGCUGCUUGAAAACUACCUGCAGCAGUUUCAUUUAGGGCCAGUUAUGGAUGAAGAAGAGGUAUUGCACUGGUUCUUACCACAAGAGAACAUUAUAGAUACUUACGUAGUGGAGGGCCCUGGAGGUGUAUUAACGGACUUCACCAGCUUCUAUACCCUUCCCUCUACAGUUAUGCAUCAUCCUAUUCACAAGAGCCUAAAGGCAGCUUACUCCUUCUACAAUGUGCACACAGGAACACCUCUCAUGGACCUGAUCAACGAUGCUCUCAUCCUUGCUAAACUGAAAGGGUUUGAUGUGUUCAAUGCACUGGAUUUAAUGGAGAACAAGACAUUCCUCGAAAAGCUGAAAUUUGGUAUAGGGGAUGGCAAUUUGCAGUAUUAUUUGUACAACUGGAAGUGUCCUCCAAUGGACCCAGAAAAGGUCGGUCUUGUACUACAGUAACCUGUUUGUUUAGAGUUGCUACUCAACAACAGCGUGAACCGGAGAUAUACUUUAACAUCUGAUCUCUGAACGUGGAUUUGCUUCGAGGAAGAAGCUCGCAAACCUGAAACAAUCAAGUGAAUGGAAACCAUCACUUCAAAUUGUUCUCCUAGGUCUCGCUUAUUUAACAUGAGAACGUUGUUUCAGAUCACGUAGAAGUGAUGUCUUUCAACCAUUUACAUCCUGAAUGUGAAACCAUACAGACUGCUUGAGACUGAAUUUCAUAAAUAUAUUUUGUCCAUCCGGUAAAGAAAUGGGAGUUUCUUUCAUUGUCUUAAAAUCACAUAGACAGACAUACACGCACACUUGCAUACUCCUUAUCAGUGUCAGGAGGUUUUUUUUUAAGAAAAACAAAGCUGUUUUGUCAUUCUUUUUGUACGACAGAGGUGCAAUGGUCUAUGUUUGAAGGAGAAAUUGUUACUGAUUCCUAGUUUAAUGCCAGCUUGAUAUUUGUUGAUGUUUUGUGGGUUUUAUUGAAAACUGAUAUCCAAAGUUUUUUCCUUACUACCUUUAAUGUCAUGGACUUUGGAGUUUAAAUGAGGAGUAAAUAUGAGAAGAGUGGGAUUUUGUACAGUUGCAUAAGAAUGUAUUGCCUGUGUUCUAGAUCCUUAUGAGCCAAGAAUCCUUUAACUUUCAGAUGCUUUUUUCAAAGCUUGUGAAUUUUCUGUUUUUGAGUGGAGUAGUAGGUAAUUUGAGAACAACUGAAGACAGUUCUUAACAUUUCUACCCCAUUUUAAAUGAUAAAUAUUUAUGGUAACCUGGGACUGUACUACUUUGUGUUUGCAUGGAGCAGACACAUUUUAAGCACUGUAGUAUACAAAAGUUGUGAUAUUUAGAAAUUGCAUUUUAUUUCCAAUAUACAGUAUCUAGUAUGGUAAUACCCAUUUGCUGACAGACCCAUCACAGAGGGUAAUUUUCACAUUUGAUUUUUAUUAAUUAAAAUGUUUUUCGUAUUUAAAAGAAAUAAGUAAUUAUUGUUCAACAAGCAUAAUGCUAUGUCCUCAUUAUAUUGAAAAGCACGUAAUGCAGUGUCCUAUCACAAAUCUACCUAUUCCUCCCUGUUUUCGUUUUCUUUGAAGUACCUGUUAUAGGUAUUUUCAGUUCCUACAAUUACCUGUCCUUGGAAAAAGGUCUUCAGUAGUAAUUUUUUAUUGAUCUUGUUUUUUUUUACAAAUCAAAAUACGAGAAUGCCCCUCAUCUGAAUGAAUGAGUAUUCUAGCUUGCUGCAGCAGCCUUUGAUGUCCCUUUAAUUCUGAUUCAGAUUGCUUUUUACUUGAAGAUCUGCUUUAAACGUGAUUGAAGUGGUUUUGUGAAAAUGUGCUGUGUCUCAGGCUGUCUCAAAGUUCUAUGCCAUAAAACGACUUCUGAGACCAGGAAAGCUGCUCUGUUGUAUGAGCAGGGCUUCCUUCAGGAUUUUAAAUGAAUAUAUUCUGUACUGAUAACAUCUUACACCAUGGCAGCCUUUAAAAAUGUGGACAUCUGUGUUCCUGUUUGUUUGAUCUGGGGUGGUAGGGGGGAGAAAAGUGUUUAUUGCUUUUGUUUGCUUUAUGAAUCCUAACAUUCAAAUUUGCUUGAAUCUGUACAAAUAUUUUGAAAUCUAUUUGGAAGUCUUUGGGAUUAAUUUGAUUGCGCCCAGUGGAGCAGAAAACCCAAAGUGCUUCAAUGUUUUAAAUGAGAAGCAGCAGGUUAUUUUACGGAAAACUUAUUUUAUUAAAGCCAGUAACAAUUUGUGAAAGAACUAAAGGGCACGAACCAGCACCGUUUAACAUGACUAUCAUCCAGAUAACUUAUUGUUUGAAAUACAUGUUAAGGUUUACCAGCAUGGAUAUUUGAUUGAAUAAAUUCAUCCAAACCUUAAAGGUCUUUUUUCUGUGGUGAGUAUAUAUCGUACCAAUGGACAAAAAUAAUAAAACAUUUCAACACUGUAAGUGAUACAGCACAUUCUCUUUAUGAAUAUUUGCUAUUCACUUGUGGGAAAAUGUUUUUUUUUAUGUUUUAUACAGUAAUGGUUAGCAUAUCUAAUAUGCAUAUAGAUGCCAUCUGAAAUGUAGGUGACCUUAACCAUUUUAUAAGGAAAGUAUGAUAAAAAACAGCAUUUCUUCUUGGCUGAAAAAUUAAAACUGAACCAAACCUGAAGGUGUAGUUGAAACAAAUGUUUCAAAACUUGGUUGCUGGCAAAUACAUUUCAAACUAAACUGCUGUAAAAGGCUGCCCUGCAUGCAGAGAAGAAGUGUCAAAUGUAGAGUUAUGUACAUGUAAGGGAGUAACAUACACAACCUACACUGCAGCUUUUGUCGGAUGGUGCAUUCCCUAUCUAAACAUCUCGCAAGAUACCCAAGGACCAGAGCUGCCCACUAUGUUUACCCCAUGGCCAACAGAAA